AUGGGUGGAACCAGCAUGUUGCCCCCCGCCGGCGCGGCCGGCGGCAGGGACAGCGCCCGCCGCGGCUCGUUCCCGAGUGUGACGCUAGACGGCGGCCGCCGCCCCUUUGGGAGCCUUCGUGGAACGCCCAUGGCGGGUGCCAGCAUCACCAGCUCCGUCACCAUCGACAGCAGCAUGAGCUCGGACGAGGUGUUCGAACACCUCCGUCAGAUUGUUUCGUCGACAGUGCUGUCUGGCCUCGGACCACCUGCUCCGGCGCCCCCGCCGUCUUCUGGUGCCUCGAUCAAGGCACAUUUCAGCGAGGCUUUCGUGGGGCCCGAGAAGAAGCGCCAUUCCUCUGGACAGCAAACGUCCACCACCACCAACAACGUUAUGGCGGCAAUCAGCUGCAUGUGGGUCGGACCCGUCACCUCCGAGUUCUCAGCGAUCCUCUCCAAGCACAUCUCGCCGUACAGGAGGGAGCUCCACGCCGCCCUUCGCUUGGGCCUGGCGGAGCACAUCAUCCUAACCGCUCUCAACGACGAGAUCCGAGCCAACCUGGGAGCGGAGACUGCGUCCGACCUCAUCCGCGGGGUUCGCGCUUCUCUGUACACCAUGGAUGCGGACGGGGGUGAGAACGCCCGCCGCGUCGAGACCUUCAUGCACGCCACCUUCGCUCGAGCGAUGAAGGCCCACCGCGCCAAGGACCGCCAUGGCCUGUCCAUGGCCGAUAUCUUCGGCGGGAACAGCGUUCGGCCGCGACUUUGCCAACCAGGUACGUGGAAGCGCUUAGGUGUGUUUUCGCUCGGCGGCUACAGUCCAAAGGUCGCGACCCCGCUCGCCCUGCACGCCAUCGCGGAGCUAGAGCAUGCCCCUCUCACUGACGUGGGCGCGCCGGAGACCAUCGCCUGUCGCGCUGUGAGGCAGGUGAGGAGCUGGUCCAAGCUACAGACCGGCGGAUUGGGAGCGAGGAACCAGAGGGCGUUCCAAGAAGCGUGA